CUGAACUCUGAGUUGAUCUACUCUGAGAUAGAAAACUCAGAGUUUCCGGUUUCACAACGGCUGAUUCGAGUUGGUUAAAUCAACUCGGAGUAGUUUCACCCGGAGUUAAGCGCGUGCACCACAACUAUAAACAGACAGCAUCAAUGGAACCCCGAUUCGACGAGUCACCAUGGCAACAGGGAAGCGGAGAGCUACGUUUUUUACACCACUUGAACUGGACAUCUUAAUUCGUUCAAUAUGGCGACUACGAACACGUUUUUAGAAAGAAGUGCAACACCGCUGCGGCUGCAAAAGAGAGGGAGACGGCGUGGGAGAACAUUGCUGCCCGAGUCAAUGCGUGCAAUCCCGCGGGGGUGAAGCGCACGUGGCAGCAGCUGAAGAUGAAAUAUAAAAACAUUGUUCAAACAGCCAACAGGAAGAAAGGAGAUGCCCGUAAAACAGGAGGUGGCCCAGCAGCACAACCUCUAACGGAGGCAGAGGAGCUGGUCCUAAGCCAGAAUUUGGGAAGGCCAGUGGCUGAGGGAAUCCCUGGAGGGAGCUCAUCCUCUGAGACCACCCCCCAAGACACAAGUGCUUUUAUAAAAUAUUCUGAUGGUACUAUCUGCCUGGUGGAGCCCCUUCACACCACAACAGACCUUGUAACUGAUGAAGAGGAUGAAACUGUGUCUGCUGCCUUUACAGAGGGGGAUCCAGAAAGGCAUCUAGAGAGCAUGGCUGGACAGCAGCAGGAUGCUUCCUCAACUUCCACUGCACAGAUUGACACAUUACCAGUAAAACAAAUAUACAAAAUCCACUUGCUGAGAAAAAUACAAAAAACAGAUAAAGAAAUGCAGUACUUGGACUGCCAGAUUAAGAAGGCAGAUCUGGAAAUUGAAAUACUGGAGCACAAGUUAGAGGUGGGUGCAGGUCACAGGUGAAUUAUGUUAACUACUGGAACAUUAACUAAAUUAGCUGUUUUAUUUGUAGGAAAUAAAGAAGACCAAAUGAAA